AUGGUGGAUGACUUAAGAGAGAGCGUACGUGAUGUAUUAAACAAUCCCAAAUACUCAGCUAAGGCAAAAGAGCUAUCUCGUAUCUACCACUCCCAUGUGGCGCACCCUAGCGUGGACCUGGUACACUGGACAGAGGAAGUAGUGGCGUCUCAAGAUGCGCUAUAUCUUCGCUCUGCUGCGUUGCAAACACCUCUCUACCAGAAAUUAUACCUGGACUUGGCUGCUUUAGUAAUCUUAAUAAUUCUUGUUGUUAUAUAUCUUACUCGAAAAGUUUUAAAGAUAUUUACUAAAAAGGCAUAUAAUGACAAAAAAAAAUUCAGCAUAUUUUAA